CCAAACUAGGCAGCUCGCUGUUCGGGGCCACCGGGUCGCCCCAGAAGGUGGUCACCAACAUCCGUGGGUUCCUCUCGAAUCGGCUGACCAGCGUUUCCAUCCCCGACACAGGUUGCCGCCACCCCUUGGACAACGACUGUAUACCCCCUGCGACGUAAGCCACCGCCGCAAAGCGCAAAGACACACGUCUGUACAGCAAAGUCUGUUCUGUGUACGUUAAGCGGAAGUCAGAGAAGAGCCCUCAUUAUUGCAAGAGAUGUAGAGAGAAGAUGCGUAGCCCAUCGCGUCGGUUGUGAUCUAGAUACGGGCCACUGACUAGAACACACGCUGGUACACAGACUCGGACACACACACAGCGCAUCACACACGACAUGCUCCAGCAGGUGUGUGAUCAACAGAAGCAGCAGCAUCAGCAGCAGCAGCCCGACCAAACCAGAGGUGUACGUUUGAGGCUGACAUCGAUCGCGAUCAGCAGCAGCAGCAGCAGCAGUGCCUAAACACUCGAACACAUACCCUUCUCUACAUAGUAGAGGAUAACAAGUGGACCUACCGGGUAAGGAUCAUCAUCAUACGCGCAGAAGUUCGGAGUAGAGAUAUACGGAGUCCAAGAUCUCCAAUACAGUAGUAGCCAACACCGCAAAGGAAAGGCGUAGCGCAGCAAAGCACCGCAACACAAGAUGGCACCGCUACCGAUUAUUAAUCUCGAGCCGAGCGAGGUGAAGGAGAUCUUCUGGACGAAGGUGAAGGAACCGCAGUCGCAGCGCAAGCUGAUUCUCGUCAUCGUCUCAAUCGCGCUGCUGCUGGACAACAUGCUGUACAUGGUGAUCGUGCCGAUCAUACCGGACUACCUGCGCUACAUCGGCACCUGGGGCCCGGAGGAACCGUACAACAUGAGUGCGCCGACCACCGUCUUCACACCGCACACCCAUUCGCACCACGGGCAGGAUUCGGCUACCGGCAUACUGUUCGCCUCGAAAGCGAUCGUGCAGCUGAUGGUGAACCCGUUCUCCGGUGCGCUGAUCGACCGGAUCGGCUACGAUCUGCCGAUGAUGGUGGGGCUGAUCAUCAUGUUCCUGUCCACGAUGGUGUUUGCGUGCGGGCGCAGCUACAGCAUGCUGUUCUUUGCCCGCUCGUUGCAGGGCGUCGGGUCCGCCUUUGCCGACACGUCCGGGCUGGCCAUGAUUGCCGAUCGGUUCACGGAGGAAGCGGAGCGUACGAAGGCGCUCGGCAUUGCGCUGGCGUUCAUCAGCUUCGGCUGCCUGGUGGCGCCCCCGUUCGGUGGCGCCCUGUACCAGUUCGCGGGCAAGGAGGUGCCGUUCGUCAUCCUGGCGCUGAUAUCGCUGAUCGACGGGUUUAUGCUGCUGCUCGUGAUGAAACCGAUCAAGGAGCAGCUGGCCGACCGGCAGGAGGUGAGGGCCCCGUCCGUACCGAUCUGGCGCCUGCUGAUGGACCCGUACAUUGCCGUCUGUGCCGGCGCGCUCAUGAUGUCGAACGUGGCGCUCGCCUUCCUGGAGCCGACGAUAUCGCUCUGGAUGGAGGACAACCUGACGACGGACAACUGGAAGAUUGGUAUGGUGUGGCUGCCCGCCUUCUUCCCGCACGUGUUCGGCGUGAUCAUCACGGUCAAGAUGGCGGCGCAGUACCCGGACAAGCAGUGGCUGAUGGCGGCCGGUGGGCUCGCCCUCGAGGGGCUCUGCUGCUUCAUCAUCCCGUUCAGCUCGUCCUACAUCAUGCUGAUGAUACCGAUCUGUGGCAUCUGCUUCGGCAUUGCGCUGAUCGAUACGGCGCUGUUGCCAACGCUCGGCUACCUGGUGGACAUACGGUACGUGUCGGUGUACGGCAGCAUCUACGCGAUCGCCGACAUCUCGUACUCGCUGGCGUACGCCGUCGGGCCGAUCAUUGCGGGCGGCGUGGUGGAAGCGAUCGGCUUCACCGCACUCAACUUCCUGAUCGCGUUCUCGAACCUGCUGUACGCACCGGUGAUGUACUACCUGCGCAACAUCUACGACUUUAAGCACUUCGAGAACGAGGCGAACGUGCUGAUGGGCGAUCCACCGACGAAGGAGUACCAGACGUACACGAUGCACGAUCAGCAGAUGGUGGGCGAGGAGUACAAGAACCAUCUCGAGUACGGGCGUCAAACGGACGAUGGCAACUACCAGCAGGAGACCAACAUCGAUCAAGGGUACUCGCAGAACGGUAGCUAUCAACAGCAGCAGCAGCAGGGUGGAUAUCAGAACUAUCAACCGGGAUAUCAGGAACAGGGUGGCAGCGUCUAUCAGCAGCAGCAGCAGCAGCAACAAGCCCCGAGACAUCUUCCACAGCAGCCCCAGCCGGUUGCAAAUCCCUUCCGACAUGGGGAAUCGUCAGGACAGCAGCAGCAGCAACAGCAGCAGCAGCAACCGGCACAACCAAGGAUCUCGAAUCCAUUCCGGCAGGGCUUCUAAAGCCGCAAUGCUAAAGCGUUAAAGUGUCUGAUCGUAGUGUGCCAGUGGCUACCAGCCGGUAGCGCCCCUGUAACGCUAUCGAUCGGUUAACUGUUGUUAUGCUUCGCUUAAUGGGGCUGUAUUUAAGGCACAUCAUGGUGAUCACCUCACCGUGUCCAGAAAAAGGACGAUCGACGGCAGAUCAAUUGCUGCAACACGUAUGACAUAAAGGACGAAAUGACAGUCUAGAUUUAGAACCUAGGGGUAAGGAAAUUCUCCGGUGGAUACGCGUGCCGAUCGGACCAUUGCCUAGGGGGAUCCCACAGGUCUGUUCGAAUUGCAUCAAUAUCGUAGACAUAUCAACCACAAGCGUAACAUUCUAUUCGGGUGCAAGGAGACGGCUUUCGUGCGGCAUCCGUCCGAGAUGGGCCGGUUUUGGCACGCGGCUCAGCUGGAGAACAUUUUAGUUGUUUCCGCGACUUCAGUUCAGCAUUCUCACUAACAUAAGACACAACCAAGGUAACGAUACAUAUCAGAGCUUCGUGCUCGCCUGAAUUUACCAAAAAGUGAUAUUAUAUAGUGGAAGAGUUAUUAUAUCCCUUGUAUUAUUAGUAGUAGUAUUAAGCGAUGUGGCACCAUCCGUAUAUGGCACCUGGCACCUGGCGCUCUGGCGUCACGCGAGGGCAUCGAGAGGGCAUCAAACACCCAUCCCGAGCAUGCCUUCCCGCGAGAGACCCAGUGCCCAGGGGAUGUACGUGGCGGGAUCUCACUCACAGUCUCUAGAUAUAGUUUUAGUGCAUAUCAAACAGAAACAAAACAUGCCUAGACACAUAAGGAUUAGCACUCUGCUACGUUGCUGCUAUUCAAUUUUCCAAAACCCCGCCUAUCUUGCACCUAUCGCACGUACGCGGCAGGGCUGUACUCUGUACAUUAAGUUUUCCUUGUACACCGCAUUACGCAAAUCGGGUACGCUCAUCAAUGAAACACGUUGUUGCGUUGCGUUGGUUGCUGCAGGAUGCGCUGCUGCAGGUGGAGCAGACCGCCGCACCACCAUGUGCUGGGGUAGGUUCCAGUUCCGGCAGCACCAUCUAGCCGCCUCCUGACCUGAAAGUCUCUAAUGGUAUCAAUUAAAAUAGUUUACAGUUCGUUCGCAGUUCGGUGGCAGUAACCGGCGGCACCAGGGGAACCAGGAGGACCGAGGUGUAGGUUUUCAAAACCGCACGCCACUACUGCCCUUCCCGGUGCUGCUCGGUAACAUGUGUAAAGUGAAGCGAAACACGAACCUAUACUUACUCACGUAUAUCUAUUACGGUAUUACAUUUACACACACACUUAACGAAAUGGGUUAGUCGGAAGAGAAGAGCGUACAAACCUUGGACAAAAGAUGUAUUAAUGUUUUUCAUAUUUAUCUUUCAUACACGCUCAGCUAUUGUGUAAAGUUUAGAAAGUCCCUCUGCCAGCUGAACAGCGCACCGAAAAACGAAGUCUAUUAGAGUUUGGAUGUAUUAUACACUGAUCAUGCUUUACAACUCUCGUCCUUUUACCUUCUCCCCCUUAUGCGUCUGCGUACUAUAUCAAGUGGAGGAGGUGGAAUAGAUUAUAGGAACAAUUAUCACAAUCAUAUCAGAGCGAUCGGGCUGGCGGCUUGUGCCCUACCGUGCCAGCAUUGUUGGAGCAGGGCGAUCGUGUAAACGAAUGCAAUUGAACCGAGCAAAUUAAAGAGCAACCAGCUGCUGCAGGGCUCUUCGGAGGACCGUACAGAUAGGCAAACGAUAAACUUUAUCCCGUAAGACUGGCAAGUAUAGGUGUGCAAGCAAAAGCUACCGAUAAAUAGAACACGACUUCUGUUCACGAAUCAGCGUAUCAAUCGUAUGUAUAUUAUUUCGGUUUUGCUUACGUCAAACGUUAAGCAAAGACUUUUUUCCCCCACCAAGGUUCACAGUGUAUUUACUCUUCUUGCAAAGGGAGUAUAUUUAGGAUUGCGUUACUUUUUUUACAUUAUCUUGCAUCUCUUUCGAAAACAUUCAAAUAACGGCAACGUGCCCUUCUCACGCUCUGCGUAUGCAGCACGUUUGCGUAAAAUCACAGCGUACCGAAUGUAGGGGAAGGUAGGUAAAGACGGACACUACGGGUAAGAUGGACACUUCUCAAAAAUACAUAAUAAAAGUAAUUAUAAAAUAAUUUAAAAAUGUAGCAUUCAAGUUAAAGGUAUAAAAACACAUUUGAGACACUCCGUCCACAUGACAACCUUUAAAUUUGUCAAAUUUGGCCGCAAACAAAAAAAGUAAUCCAAGUAACGUAGUGGAUGUAAUUUUGCUGCUUCAGAUGUUAAGCUCUAAUUCUUGCAUAGUUUAUAUUUCCGGUGGAUUUUCGAAUUGAACGUGUUAGCUUGACUAUCGAGCAUAAAACUGGCGAAAGAACGGUAAUUAAAACAACAAAAUAAUUAGUUUUAUAUCGUUUUAAGUAUCACAGCACCAAAGCGGGAAAGACGGACACUCUGUUGUGGGGAAAGAUGGACACGCAAGUUUUACAUUGAUUUUGUGUUGCUGUUGCUUAUUGAUUAACAGAUGCCAACAAAUUACAUUCGUAAGAGUAAUCGGAAGUUAUGGACCAACCAGCAGCUAGAAAAGGCAAUAAUAUCUGCGAGGAAUGGAACUCCGGUGAAAACAGCAGCAUUGAAUUAUUCGGUUCCUCGCACGACUCUGAUAAGGCAUCUUAAGCAAACCAACAUCUUGCCACGGCUGGGACCAAUUGAUUCUGUGUUUAGUAUACAACAAGAAGAAGAACUGGUAGCACACCUUUUAGAACUCGAAAAGAGGUUCUACGGAAUCACAAAGAUCGAUGUUCGAAAACUAGCGUUUGACUUGGCGGAAAAAAAUAGCUUGCAGCACCCUUUUAACAAGGUCAUUAAACUUGCUGGGGUAGCGUGGCUUAGCAAUUUUAUAAAACGAAACCCUAAGCUGUCCUUCAGGAUGCCUGAAGCAACCUCUGCUGCUAGAGCUAGGGGAUUCAAUAAGGUAUCGGUUUCUGCAUUCUUUAAUUUAUUGGAAGCAGCGCUGAACUCCUCUAAAAUCACGGCAGAUCGUAUUUUCAACGCAGAUGAGACUGGAAUAUGUACUGUGAGCAUUUGGUUAUAUUUUUUGUGUUGUGAAAAACAAAAUAUAGAAUUCCUUUAUUUUACAGGUUCCCCCUAAGAAACGAAAGAUAGCAGCAAUGAAAGGAAAAAAGCAGGUCGGUGGAAUUACCUCCGCUGAGCGUGGGGUAUCGACUACAGCAGUAAUGUGCAUGUCAGCAGCAGGACAACACCUUCCUCCGUUUUUAAUUUUUGCUUGUAUGCGAAUGCAUGACGCUUUGAAGAAAGGAGCACCAUGUGGAAGCAAAUUUGCAUGUAAUUCUUCCGGUUAUAUGACUGUGGAAAUCUUCAAUGACUGGUUUGAUCAUUUCUUGGAUAAUGUGCAGCCAUCCGAAGAUAAACCGACCUUGCUCAUUAUCGACGAAGAUAAUGAUUUUUACGAAGAACCUAGCAUUUACUGAGAAAGCCAGAGCUAAUUUCGUCACUGUUUUAGUAUUACCUCCGCAUUGCAGUUACAAAAUGCAACCACUGGACGUAUCUUUUAUGGCACCCUUCAAGUCAUAUUAUGCUUCUGAAGUGGAGAAAUUCUUACAGCAAAACCCUGGGAAAGUUAUGGGUCAAUAUGACAUUGCAGAUUUGAUGAAACCUGCUUUAAUAAGGCAGCUACCAUGAGUGUAGCCGUCAAUGGGUUCAAAAAGGCCGGAAUCUGGCCAUACUAUCCUAACAUUUUUGACGACGAUGCGUUUGCACCAUCAGAGGUAACCGAUCAAUUAGUUGGUGCUUGCAUAGAUGAAAUACCUUUGCAAGUUGAAGAAGCUUCGAUUGCAUUAAAUCUAUUUGAAGAUAAAGAGACUCAAGUUUCCUCCGAAGAUUUCGUAGGUUGCAGUUCUGCAAAUUCAACUCCUGUUACUGAAAAAUCGAUGUUUCAAGUGUCACCAACAGCAAUACUACCAUUGCCUAAGAUGGUAGCCCCAAGAUCCAACAAACGAAAACGUCAAGCAGAGAAAGCAGCUGACAUUACCUCUAAUCAGUACGUUAUUAGUUUGAAAAAAGCCAAAGCCAACCAAAAUAUUCAAACUAUGAAAAAAGAACGAAAACUAUCUUGCAAGAAGACGAAUCAAAAGCAGUCCAAGACCGACACGAUGUGUGACACCCUAUGUGAAACAUGUGGUUUCCAAUUUUCCAAUUCAGACCAAGGGACAGGAUGGACUAUGUGUUCGAAAUGCUUCUCUUGGUUCCACUCAGAAUGCUUUAACAUCGUUAAAAUAUUCUGCAGAAACUGU